AUCACCACCAGCUCCAAUUAAAUCCACACCUUUCUCGUACUUCCACCGACCAAACAAUACCUUCCAUGGAACCAAAAACAAUUAAACUGAAAAAACCUUCUAAUUCUCGCAUCUUCUUCCGCUAAUAAGUAAAAUCCCCAUUUUCCUUAUCCUCAGAUCUUUCCUUCCCUAAUGAAAAAAAAAGAUCUUUCCUUCCCUAAUAAAACUAAUUAGUCCCUAGCAAAUCAGGAGCAACGUCGGCCCCAUAGAUGAAAGAAAGUCAAACACCGUCAACAAUGGCGCCAUUUUCCCCCAAGAAAGAGAGCAAGAACCGUUCUUGCUCCCCCUUCACGUCGAUGGUAAUCUCAAUGUUAGUCUUCUUCCUCUCGUCCUUGGUCAAGCUCUCGUAUUCGGAGGACCUGUCGCUCGCUCCUACCUCGCUGAUGGCAGGUCGCUGGGAGUUGUUGCAACCGAGCAUUGGCGUCUCGGCCAUGCACAUGCAGCUCCUCCCGAACAACAAGGUGGUGAUCUUCGACCGCACCGACUUCGGCCCCUCAAACCUCAGCCUCCCUGAUGGCCACUGCCGCCGCGACCCGACUGAUCGCGCCGUCAAGGUGGACUGCACCGCCCAUUCCCUCCUCUACGACCCGGAGUCCAACUCUGUACGGCCCCUCACUGUCCAGACAAACACGUGGUGCUCCUCUGGCGCCCUUCGCCCUGAUGGCACCCUUGUUCAGACUGGCGGCUAUGGGGACGGCGAGCGCAGAGUGCGCACCUUCACCCCCUGCGCAGACUCUGAUGGCUGCGACUGGACGGAGCUCCUCCAAGGUCUGUCCGUCCGCCGCUGGUACGCCUCCAAUGUGCUCCUCCCAAAUGGCCGAGUCAUCAUUCUUGGAGGCCGCAACACCUUCACUUAUGAGUUCUUUCCAAAGAGCAGUGCUGAGGAGAAGCCCGUCUACAUGAACUUCUUGAAGGAAACGAGAGACCCCAAGGAGGAAAACAACCUCUACCCGUUCUUGCACUUGCUCCCUGAUGGAAACCUUUUCGUGUUCGCCAAUAAACGGUCGAUUUUGUUCGAUUACAGCAAGAACCAGAUCCUCAAGGAGUUCCCGGUGAUCCCUGGCGUGGACAAGCGGAAUUAUCCGAGCACUGGUUCGUCGGUCCUUCUUCCAUUGAGGCUGGACGGAUCAAACCAGUUCACUGCUGAGGUGAUGAUCUGUGGCGGGUCUCCGCCUGGGGCAUUCAAUGCGUCCAACAGGCAUCGGGUGUUUUUCGGUGCCUCGACCACUUGCGGGCGGCUCAGGGUGACUGAUCCGAAGCCCCGGUGGUUGAUGGAGCAGAUGCCUGCCCCACGGGUCAUGGGGGACAUGAUACUCUUACCCACCGGUGACGUCCUGAUAGUGAAUGGUGCAACCAAUGGGACCGCGGGAUGGGAAGAUGCGACGAAUGCUAUCAAGAACCCAAUCUUAUACCAGCCCAACGAAGCCAACCCAGCCGAGCGGUUCAUUGUCCUAAACCCUUCUGACGUCCCGAGGAUGUACCAUUCCGCGGCAACCCUGCUGGCUGAUGGCAGGAUCCUGGUAGGCGGGAGCAACCCCCACGUGAAGUACAACUUCACGGCCUUCCCUUACCCGACCGACCUAAGCCUGGAGGCCUUCCACCCGCCCUACCUCAGUGCACAGAAUGCCAUCUUCCGGCCCUCGAUCCUCUCCGUGGAGUCACUGGACCAGGCAGUGACCUAUGGGCAGCGGCUCGCUAUCAACUUUGUCCUAACAAUGUACCGGCCCAAUUACCGGGGUGGGAUUUCCGUCGCCCUGAUAGCCCCAGCCUUCACCACCCACUCGUAUGGGAUGAACCAGAGGCUGCUGUUCCUGGAGGUGGUGAACGUGGUGCACCUGUCGAUGCUAGCUUACAAGGUGACGGUGGUGGCACCACCCACCCCUGCAGUGGCUCCCCCCGGGUUCUACAUGCUCUCAGUCAUCCACGCCAGAGUCCCGAGCCAGAGCCUGUGGGUGAGGGUGCACUGAUCAGUAAAAAUUAACAUCCCAUUCUUUUAGAUAGUUCCUCUCGGCGGGCUUGUGUAUAGAGAGGGAAAGAGUCACCAUUUGCUUCUGAAAAUCCAUUUGAUGUAAAUAACAAGUUUUGCAAUAUUUAACGGAAGCAAACUGGAGAAUGCCUUUUAGGAUAGGAGACGACGGGGGGGGGGGGGGGGGGGGAGCAAAGGAGGAGAUUUUGUGUUCUUAGUUCCAGAAGAAGAAGGUGUAAGGGCAUAGUCAUCUGUUGUAUGUUGUGGUGUUUCCGUCUCAAUUUGAGUCCGAUUGUUGUACCCUUCGAUAAACUUCAUUGGUUUAAUGUAGAAAGAUGCAUCUGUCGUACAGAUUUCCUCA